AUGAAUGACCCGGAUUUCGAACCUAAUGAAAUAAGCCCCGAAGAUGAACGGUACAUAUCGGAGGUAGUUCACCAAAUCGAUGAAGACGAAUCUGCUUUUUUGAAUAAAGCGGACAAGUUUUCGUUGAGCUUGAGUGCAAUCAAGGAAGAUCUUCCCUCAACUUCGCCAAAUGAAGAAGUUGAAAAAGCUUCAGGAGAAGAAGGGCCAUCAACUCGUACACCACGUUUGAAGCCACCAAAACGUGCCCGUUCCCUUUUGCCUGAAUUUGAUUGUAGUGGUCCGUCCAUUGUGCCUUCCUCUGGAGGUUUCAGCGGAACAGCAAUAACCAAAGAUUCGGCUGAGUUUUCCAAAGUUAUAUGGCGAAAAAGAUCGAUGUGUUUGCAUGUAAAUGAGGUGGCCUUCCGUGGUGACUCAAGCCUACCAUCUUCAAUCAAAGAGCUUGGAACUCCGAUGGAGAUAUUUCGCUAUUUCUUCACUAAGAAAAUGGUUGACAAGAUUGCUUUAGAAUCGAGCUGGACAGCUCGCAAUGUCGAUAUCAACUCCAAGUUCAUAACAUCCGGCGAAGAAAUUUACAAAUACAUUGGCAUUCAUGUUUACAUGAGCAUUUACCGAUAUCCCAAUUUGGAAAGCUAUUGGGACCCAAAUGCGUUUCAACCAAUAGCAAAAACGAUGCCUAAAGCAAGGUUUAUGGCGAUAAAACAAUAUUUGUCUUUUCGUGAUGAAAACACUAGGGCCAAAAAAGGAGAGCCUGGUUAUGAUGCGUUGUUCCGUAUUAGAACGUUGUCUGAUUUUUUAAAUACACGGUUCGAUUCCGUACCCAAAACAGCCCGAUUGUGCGUCGAUGAACAAAUGUGUGGCACCAAAAAUAUAUGCCAAACAAACCACACAAGUGGGGCAUCAAAUUUUUCGUGUUAUGCGAUACAAGCGGAUUCGCUUAUCGCUUCGAGGUUUAUAAUGGUGCUGGCGACAAUGUGAUCUUACCAGGACAACCAGAUCUUGGAGCCACGUCGAACGUUGUUGUUCGUUUAUCGCAAACUAUACCAAACUUCAGGAAUCACAUUCUGUAUUUUGAUAAUUUUUAUACAUCGUUGCCGUUGUUGGUAUUAUUGCGAGCUCGAGGCAUAUUUAGUUUAGGCACCUUACGGAUUCCUCUAAUUCCCAACUGUAAGCUUCCAAAUGAAAAAGACAUAAGAGACGAACUACGAGACUAUUCAUGUGAGUAUAUGAAGAGAGCAUAUGGUGUUGACAUAACCACAGUCUUAUGGAAAGACAAUAAAUUAGUACGAUUGGCAUCAACAUACUACGUCGGCGUUCAACCAUUUCAAAGAUCCAAUACAGAUGCAAACAAACAGCCAUCGAAAGCAGCUCGCUACGACAGAAAGGCGAAGAAAUAUUUGGAAAUUGAUUGUCCUCAAAUAAUCAAAGCGUACAAUAAUCACAUGGGCGGUGUUGACAGUGAUGGACGCUCUGAUGGGCCGGUACCACAUACGAGCGAAGUCAAACGAUGCAAUAACUCGAUUGUUUUACCAUUUCAUUGACAUGGCGAUCACGAAUGCGUAUUUACCACAUAAACGGAUUUAUGCAAAAAAGGUAACUGACUCAAGUCAUGAAUCAGCCAAACAUGAACGG